AUGAAUAAAAUAACUCCUAGAGUCAGUAUUGCUUUUAAAAAAUUGUUUGGUGUCGAGGAAAACAAAAAUCUCCUAACUUCAUUAAUUAAUUCAAUUGUUUCAAAAGAAGAUAAAGUUGCAGAUAUAACGCUCAUCAAUCCUUACAAUCCAAAAAAUUUUAAAGAUGAAAAUCUUUCUUUAAUUGAUGCCGAAGCGACAUCAGAAACGGGUGUGAGGUACUUCAUAGAGACAAAAAUAGUAAAUGAAGGUGAUUACAGUAAACGUGCUCUUCAUUAUUGGAGUAAAAAUUUUACAGAGAAGGCAUAUAUGGGACAAAAAGAUUUUAGUUUUGAUAAAGCAAUAGGAAUCCACAUUCUAAACUUUUCUACAAUACCCCAAAGACCAAACUAUCACAAUAUUUUCUAUCCUUUAGUAAAAGAAAUUCUAUUCGUCCAAGAUGUAGAGCUCCACGUUAUAGAGCUUAAUAAAUUUACCAAUAAUCCAAAAGAAAAUAUAACAGAAAUCUUGAAAAAAAUUAAAGACUCUCUAGACAUUUGGAUAACAUUUUUUAUUAGAAAUUCCUUACUUGAUGGAGAUAACUUACCCGAAGAAUUAAAUUUUUUUACUCUGAAGAAAGCUCUUGGUGUUCUAGAGACCAUGAAUUUUACAAAUGAGGAAAAGGAUAUUUAUGAAAAUCAAUUAAAUUGGCUACUAAAUCAAGCUAGUGUGUUAAGUUUUCAAUAUAGUAAAGGGUAUGAAAUUGGAAAAGAUAAAGGGUAUAAAAUUGGAAGAAAAAAAGGGUAUAAAAUUGGAAAAGCGAAAGUGAGAACAGAAGUAAAAAUUGCUAUAGCUAAAGAAAUGCACAGAAAAAAUGAAUCUGUCGAAAAAAUCAUGAAACGCACACAUUUAACAAAGGAGCAGAUCGAAGACUGUUUAAAAACAUCUGAAGAUGUUUAA